AUGAUUUUAGGAGAACCAUUGCCUGACCAUCGAAAGGAAGUCGAAACUGAUCUCAAUGAAGAAGCACAGACUGAUGAAGACAGAACUUCUGAUGAGUUAUGUUUCAGACCGUUCAUUGGUGAUCCUGCUAAGCAAGUGAGAUAUGAAAGAUAUCUUGGUUUUAUAAAGAUAGAAGCUAACGAUACUUCGACAAAUAUUCAACCUAAGAAAUUUCCUCAAAUGAUACGAAACAAGGGGAAUGAUAAAAAUGAUGCAAUUAAAAUUAAAAAUAUAAAUGAUAUUCAAAAUUCAUCAGGUGCUUAUACGGCUGAUGCUCCAGAAUUAAUGUAUUUCUCCUCACUACCAAACUAA